AUGUCUUUAAGUUCUUUAAUCAGAAGAACUCUCUCAGCUACAUUUAUACCGAGACAAGUUCAUUCUAGUCAAACGGGAACCAGAAUUGGUAUUUGCAGACAAAUUUGCACCACUUCUACCCUAAAGAACCAACCGGAGGAAGAGCCUGUUGAAGAAGUCGCUGGAAGUAAAAAGAAGGCAAUCGUACAGAUACCGGUUGAAACGAGUAUUCAGUACUUACAAAGCAAAGCUUAUAAUAUAACUUACGGGAACAAUCCUGUAUGGAAGAAUUACCGAAGGAACCAUAAAGGUGGGAUACCGCCAUCGAAAACCAGGAAAACCUGUAUCAGAAGUGGAGUGAUAGCAACUGGUAAUCCAUGUCCUCUUUGUCGGGAUGAAUACCUGGUUUUGAGCCCAAAAAAUGUUGAUCUUUUGAAGCAGUUCAUAUCACCUCACACUGGAGAAAUUCUCAGCUAUUCGGUCACUGGUGUAUGCCAGAAGAAAUUCCAGCAACUCAAAAUCGCGAUUUCUAUUGCUAAAGACAGGGGCCUGAUUACUUACGACGUUCCUUUUCGAGAAUACGAUUAUUCUGAUUAUAAGUAA